GUACGUUAUACAUAAAAAUGGCUCCGAUUUGGUUUCUUUCACUUCUUUUUCUCUCUUGUAUUCUUCUCGCCGCCUUCACACACAAGAAGCGGCGGAAAAAUCAGCAACCACCGUCUCCUCCUGGCUUUCCGAUCAUAGGAAACUUGCAUCAGCUUGGAGAAUUACCACAUCAAUCUCUAUGGAGUCUUUCCAAAACAUAUGGUCCGGUGAUGCUUUUGAGGCUUGGAAGUGUCCCAACGGUCGUUGUUUCUUCUUCUGAGACAGCAAAACAAGCUUUGAAAAUCCAUGACCUCCAUUGUUGUAGCCGUCCUAGCUUAGCAGGGGCAAGAGAGCUCUCUUACAAUUAUUUGGACAUUGCUUUCUCUCCUUUUGAUGAUUAUUGGAAAGAAUUAUUAAGGAGGAUUUGUGUCCAAGAACUCUUCAGUGUUAAACGAGUUCACUCUAUUCAACCCAUAAAGGAAGAGGAAGUCAAGAAACUGAUCGAUUCAGCCACGGAAUCAGCCUCCCAGAAAUCACCAGUUAACUUGAGCGAGAAGUCUCUUGAUUUAACUGCAAGCGUGAUAUGCAAGGCAGCAUUCGGUCUAAGCUUCCAUAGUACAGUUCUCAACAAUGAUGGAUUUGACAAGUUAAUCCGCGAGGCGUUUUUGUUUCUGGGGAGCUUUUCUGCCUCAAACUCAAAUGGUGGCUGGAUCAUCGACUGGCUCACGGGUCUACAAGGGCGGAGAGAAAAAAGCGUGAGGGAUCUUGAUGCGUUCUAUGAACAAAUGUUUGAUCUGCAUAAACAAGAAAACAAACAGGGAGUCGAAGAUUUCGUGGACUUGCUAUUGAGGUUAGAGAAAGAAGAAACUGUUCCUGGAUAUGGAAAGCUCACAAGAAACCAUAUCAAAGCCAUCUUGAUGGUAAGUAUACAAAUAUUCGCAAUCCAUAUAUACCAAAACAUUAGAUACCUUAAGCUUAUAACAUUUUUUUGUAUCAUCUUAUCACAGAACGUUCUUCUUGGGGCCAUCAAUACUUCUGCAAUGACAAUGACAUGGGCCAUGGCAGAACUUAUAAGAAACCUGCGAGUGAUGAAGAAAGUACAAUCCGAAAUCAGAAACCAAAUGAGAAACCAAUCGGUGAUCACCUUAGAUGAUAUAGAUCAUCUACCUUACUUGAAUAUGGUGAUCAAAGAAACAUGGAGGCUACAUCCUCCAAUACCUCUUCUACUUCCAAGAGAGGUCAUGUCUGAAUUUGAGAUCAAUGGCUACGGGCGUGAUCCCGAGUCCUGGAAAGAUGCAGAUACGUUUUUCCCGGAAAGGUUUAUGGAAAAUAACAUUGAUGCUAAAGGACAGAACUUUGAGCUGUUACCGUUUGGAAGUGGCCGGAGAAUCUGUCCUGGAAUGUACAUGGGGACAACAAUGGUGGAGUUUGGUCUGGCGAAUAUGCUAUAUCAGUUUGAUUGGGAAUUACCAGAAGGUAUGGUGGUCGAAGAUAUUGACAUGGAAGAAUCUCCUGGACUCGCUGUGGGCAAAAAAAAUGAGCUUCUGCUUGUUCCCGUCAAGUAUUUAGGUCAUUGAUCACUUAAACUAAGUUACUCAUGAGAUUAUAAAAUUAAAUGUAGCAUCGAUUCUACAUAAGUAAAACUAUAAUCUUGUGUUCCAU